AACACUAGCUAUCUAUGAUGGCCGUCGAUUGGCUGUCGGACGAGUGUAGGGCUUUUAUGUAAAUAAAUUUUGUGCAUAGCAGUUCACUCGAUGUUAGUUUAAUAUUAAGUAAUAAUUCCUAAGCAUGGGAUCACGGGGCUGACAGUGAUAUAAUUGAAAGCAGUCCCCGGCAUCGACUGAUCUCGCCCGCAGCGCUCCUCGGCUGGUAAACAUGGCGCAGGUGGGCGCCAACAUGGAAUACCAGGAGUACAAGUGGGCCUACUCAAUCAUGGACUCCUCCAAAGUGUCAGCGUGCCUGAUCUCAAUGUUGCUGAUUGUCUACGGCAGCUUCCGCUCGCUGAACAUGGAGAGAGAGGCCCGGGAGCGCGCGGAGCGCGAGCGAGAGGCGUCCCUUCUUGGAGGCACCAAACCCCCGCCCUGCCAGGCUAACAGUAACGUCCAGACCCUCAACACGAUGCAGGCGCUCUGCUUCCCCCUGGGCUCGUCGGUGGCACUGCUUGUCAUGUUCUUCUUCUUUGAUUCCAUGCAGACUCUAGUCGCCAUCUGCACUGCGAUAAUCGCUUGUGCAGCGCUAGCGUUCCUGCUGACGCCGCUGUGCCAGUACGUGGCGGGCGGCACGGGCUCGCGCGCCGUGUGCGGCCGCUACUCGGCGCCCGAGCUGGCCGCCGCGCUGCUCGCCGCCGGCAUCGUGGCCGUCUGGGUGCUCACCGGACACUGGCUGCUCAUGGACGCAAUGGGCAUGGGUCUGUGCGUGACCUUCAUCGCUUUAAUCCGCCUCCCGUCGCUGAAGGUGUCAACUUUACUCCUCACGGGGCUGCUACUCUACGAUGUGUUCUGGGUGUUCUUCAGCUCUUACAUCUUCACCACCAAUGUCAUGGUCAAGGUCGCCACUAGGCCGGCGGAGAACCCCAUGAACGUGGUGGCGCGGCGCCUGCAGCUGGGCGGCGCCAUGCGUGACGCGCCCAAGCUGUCGCUGCCCGCCAAGCUCGUGUUCCCCUCCAUGCACCACCAGGGACACUUCUCCAUGCUCGGUCUGGGCGACAUCGUGAUGCCGGGUCUGCUGCUGUGUUUUGUGCUGCGCUACGACGCGUACAAGAAGGCGACGCUCGUGUGCCAGAUGGGGCAGGUGCCGGGACCCCGCUCCAUGGGUUCCCGGCUGACGUACUUCCACUGCUCGCUGCUGGGCUACUUCCUGGGGCUGCUGACGGCCACGGUGUCGGCCGAGGUGUUCAAGGCCGCGCAGCCCGCGCUGCUGUACCUCGUGCCCUUCACGCUGCUGCCGCUGCUCACCAUGGCCUACGUGAAGGGCGACCUCCGGAGAAUGUGGAGUGAGCCGUUCAUCGCGCCCACCGGCAAGGGCGGCGCCGACUUCGACGUGUGACUGCCUCGCCGCCGCCCCCGCGGCUAGACUCCGCACACACGCCUCCUAACGGGUACCUCCCCUUCAUGACCGAAUAUUCUCGCUUAACUAUACAGAUGCUAUAGCGAUCACAUGCCGGUGUACUGACUGGCGUCUCGCAUACGUUUGCAAGUAUCGUAAACGCCGCACGCCCCGCUCGAGCGUCACCUCAGUUCGUGUCGAUCUCUUAUAGUUUGUUUUUUUAGAAUUAGAUAAGGUAAACAAUCUUGAUGUGUCUUUUAAUUGAAAAACACAUUUUAAAAAUAAGUUACGGCAAAUAUGUAACAAUUAUGGAUCUAAUACGAUCAUUUAUAUUCUUCUGCUUUCAUAAGUAAUAGUUUUUUUUUCAAUUAAAAGACAUGUCAAGAUCGCUUGCCUUCUUUCAAGUUCUUUCUAAUGCUAAAAAAACGAACUUAUAGGGCUGAUUUAGACGGCGCGCGAACUCGCGUGCGAUUUUAGUUACAUUGCGGACUAUUGGUUACGUCCAAUUCAACCGAGCGAUCAAAAACUCCAAUGUAAUGAAACUCGCAUGCGAGUUCUCGCAUCGUCUAAAGGAUACCACUUUUAGGGAUACUAGUAUAUUACAGGCUCGGUCUCCGUUCGAAAGCUAUAUUUUAGUCACCCUGUAUUUGUAUGACCGUAAUACUUGUUUUCUAAUUAGGACAGUGGUGUUACGUGCUCGCUGUGAUGCCACGGCGUAAUCGGCAUUUUAAUAACGCGAGUUCGCUUCUAGAAUCCUGAGCGUAGCGAGGGAUUUAAGCGACACCAACUUUAAUGAAAGUUAUAAUAAAACACUGUAAAAACACUUGUAACAAUGUACUGUUAAAGCGAGAAUCAAGUUUCAUGGUAAUUGACUUGCCAAUGGGAAGGUAACCUAAAACUUUAUCUAAUUAUAAUAAGUUUAUGGUUUAUGCAAGAUUUGCUCUUUUUAAGUUCAUCUAGUGUUCUGACUUGUGUGGACAGGCCGCAGUUGAGCAGCUAUCUUAUUUUUUAAGGCUUUCGAUCAAUAAAGGACGCUAACUGUACUUUUGUAUAGCUCUUGUUGCGAGCUAGGGAAUCAGACGAACAAGUGUCAUCAUGUUAUACAUUUUGAUAGGUAGGCAAGAUUUUUUUUUGACUAUUUAUUUAUUUUUAUUAUAAAAAUGUAUAAAAAAUAUUAUGAUAUUUCUAAUUGAAAUAUAUGAGAGGUAGCUAAUAUUUUAUUUGAAUGUAUAGUAGGCGUAAAUAAUGUUAGCGAUGCGAUAUCCAAGCAAAAAUCAUUUCACCACAUUUUUUAUGUAAAAACCUAUGUUGUGACUUCAAAUUGUACCAAUACUAGGUAAAUUAUCUACUUCCUUCUCACCUGUAUGCUAGUGUGAAAGAGACAGGUGUUCUACAGUUGACUAAAAGCCUUAAAAAAGUGGUUUAACCCCCCUCUCGCCGCGCGAGCUGUACCGCUCGGCAGUAUGAAGUGAAUUGAAGCGUUAACGUAAAGACAUAUUAUAAGAUUUAUAAGGUGUAUGUUAGGCUAGAUGAUACGCUUUUUUUCUAAUUAAUAAAUAAUUUUAGUCGAAGGGAAGUUACAGCACAGGGUAACUUUUAACACCUCUUGUAAAGUAUGCUAAGGAACAAG